GAUUCGGGCCGCCCCUCGACGCCCGGCGCUGGGAAACGUCGUGGAGGCCGUGCGUAGACCGCGGCGCUCAGCGGGUCCCGGGCCAGACAGCUCCGGGCCGCGCGUGGACCAGACUUUGCUCGGCAGUGUCCACGCCUUGCGCGGCCCUCGGACCCUCGCCUGGGCCUGCGUGCUGGGAGCGGGCUGCGACCCCCAGGGUCCAGUUCAGGCAGACAGCGAGGAGUGGGCGGGCCAGGGAGGACACGCGCGACACCUGGGAGGUGCCAGCCUCCUCCCUUGGACGCAGCGGCAGGGGCUCAGCUCCCCCCAGGGACACACCCAUCUAGGAGGGGCUGUCACCGCCAUAGUCUCUGCAGGAGGUGGAGGACUGAUAGACCUGCUGGAGGGAUGGAGGUUGCUUGGCCUGGCGCCCCCACAAGCCUGCUUUGUGACCUUGGGGGGGCCUUGUCUGAGCCCUCCCUCAUCUGCAAAUGGAGGACCUGGUGGGCUGCUAUGUUAACUCUUCUGCUACCUAUAGGAAGGAGCCUGACCUGCAGGUUUCUCAGCGCCAGCCUCACUUUUCAUGUAAAGAAACAAGCAAAGCCAUUCCUGCCUUCGUUCCAUCCUGAAGUGCUUGACAAGUACCCCCAGACCACCCCUGUCAGAUUCUCCUCAAUGUUCCCUGCUGGCCUGGUUCAUGUGUGCUGAGGACCAGGCCAAGCACAGGUUCAGUCCAAGGAAAGAUGGCAGCCCUUCACACAACUCCAGACUCCCCAGCUGCCCAGCUGGAGAAGGUAGAGGAUGGGUCGCAGUGUGAUCCUGACCAGGAGGAGGAGGAAGAAACAAAACAGGAAGAAGUAGAGGAGGAGGAAGAGAUAGAAGUGGAAGAAGAGGAGGAGGAUGCAGAGGUGGAGGCCGAAAUGCAGGUUGAGGAGGCCAAGGGGCAGGUGGAGGUGGUGGCAGAGGUGGAGGCGGAGGAGGACAAUGACGUGGAGGAGGUACUGGCUGCAGAGCGGGGUCCAGCCUUGGGGACCCAGGAGCAACUUAACUACCAUGGUGACACCAAGUCCCCAGUUCUUCAGGAAAAGGCCCCGCAGGCCUCCCAGACUCCAGCCACUCCUAGGGAAGAAGAACUGGAGGAGGAGGAAGAGGAGGAGGAAGAUGAAGAGGAUUUCCUGACAACUGGGUCUCAGGGGCUGGUGACCUUUGAAGAUGUAGCUGUGUACUUCUCCCUGGAGGAGUGGGAAAAGCUGGAUGUGGAUCAGCGGGGCCUCUACCAGGAAGUCAUGCAGGAGAACUAUGGUAUCCUGGUGUCCUUGGGGUACCCAAUCCCUAAGCCAGACCUCAUCUUCCGGCUGGAACAAGGGGAAGAACCUUGGGUCCCAGAUAGUCCCCGUCCUGAGGAGGGAGACAUCGUCACUGGCGUCUACACAGGAGCCUGGUUCUGGACCGACGACCUAGAGGAUCAUGAGGAGGAAGAUGAUGAGGACUUCCUGGCAGAAGUGGCUGAGGAGGAAAAUGAGCCUCCAGGGCUGUGGUCAGCGGCCUAUGGCGUUGGGGACGUCCCUGGGACAUGGGGUCCCGACGACUCUGAUUCGGCACAGACUCCAGAGGGGUGGGAGCCUGACUCAGGUAGCCUCGGAGUACUGGCCGAGGCAUCCGAGGGGAAGACCUUCCUGUCUGGCCGGGAGCCCAGCACAAACCUGCUGGCGCCUUGGGCAUUUCCUGCAGCAAUGGCUGCCCCGGCUGGGCGUCCUGAGACAACAUGCGAUGUGUGCGGCAAAGUGUUCCCCCAUCGGUCUCGACUGGCUAAACAUCAACGCUACCACGCGGCUGUCAAGCCCUUCGGCUGUGAUGAGUGUGGGAAGGGCUUCGUAUACCGCUCGCACCUGGCUAUCCAUCAACGCACGCACACCGGCGAGAAGCCCUUCCCGUGCCCGGACUGCGGCAAGCGCUUUGUGUACAAGUCACACCUGGUCACGCACCGGCGCAUCCACACAGGCGAACGGCCCUACCGCUGCGCCUUCUGCGGCGCGGGCUUCGGACGCCGCUCCUACCUGGUGACGCACCAGCGCACGCACACCGGCGAGCGCCCCUACCCGUGUCCCCACUGCGGGCGCAGCUUCAGCCAGAGUUCGGCGCUCGCACGGCACCAGGCUGUACACACAGCCGACCGGCCGCACUGCUGCCCUGACUGCGGCCAGGCCUUCCGCCUCCGUGCGGACUUCCAGCGUCACCGGCGCGGUGGCGGCUGUGCAGAGCCUGUUGGCGACGUUUCUCGACGGGAACCCUGCGAGACGGUGGCCGAGGCGGCGCCAGAGGAAGCCGAGGCUGAUCCAGAGCGCCCUGAGGCAGGCGAGGCGGAGACUGAGGCCAAGGCCGAAGCGGAGGUGAGAGAGGAGGCUGCGGUGGAGUCGGAGGUGCCCACCCCAAGGAACAAGCAGGACCCCGAGCCAGACAGGCGGUUCCUCGAGCUGGGCAACGGGCUGGGGGAGGGCGAAGGCCCUUCCCAUCCGCUCGGCUUCCACUUUCCUGUGCACCCCAAGUCCUGGCUCCACCCCGAAGGCUUCCCGAUCUUGGGCCUCCCGGACUUCGGGGAGCGGCUGCCAGCGGACAGGCGUCCGCUGCCGGGACCCCUCGGAGGUCCCCUCUCCAUGGUGGAGGGCACUGGUUUGGCCUGCGAUCCUUUUGGCCGUGGCAGAGCCCGGGGCGGCCGGUUGCGCGCGUUCGGGCCUGCAGUCGGGGGUUUGCUGGCGGAACCGGCGCCAGCCGCUCUAGCCGAGGAGGAGAGCCCGUGGAUCUGUUCCGACUGUGGCAAGACAUUUGGGCGCCGCGCUGCGCUGGCCAAGCACCAGCGUUAUCACGCGGGUGAGCGACCACACCGCUGCGCCGACUGCGGCAAGAGCUUCGUUUACGGCUCUCACCUGGCACGCCACCGGCGCACGCACACCGGCGAGCGGCCCUUCCCGUGCCCCGAGUGCGGCGCGCGCUUUGCGCGCGGCUCGCACCUGGCAGCGCACGUGCGAGGUCACACGGGCGAAAAGCCCUUUGUGUGCGGUGUGUGUGGCGCGGGCUUCAGUCGGCGUGCUCACCUAACGGCACAUGGGCGUGCGCACACGGGCGAGCGCCCCUACGCGUGCGGUGAGUGCGGCCGCCGCUUCGGGCAAAGCGCGGCGCUGACGCGGCACCAGUGGGCGCACGCUGAGGAGAAGCCUCACCGCUGCCCCGACUGCGGCAAGGGAUUCGGCCACAGUUCGGACUUCAAGCGGCACCGGCGCACACACACUGGCGAGAAGCCCUUCCGCUGCGCGGACUGCGGCCGUGGCUUUGCACAGCGCUCCAACCUGGCCAAGCACCGGCGCGGCCACACGGGCGAGCGGCCCUUCCCGUGUCCCGAGUGCGGCAAGCGCUUCUCGCAGCGCUCGGUGCUCGUGACGCACCAGCGCACGCACACUGGCGAGCGGCCCUACGCCUGCGCCAACUGCGCGGAGCGCGGCAGCACCCUGCUGGAGUUCGCAGGCGGGACGAGCUUCGGCUCUGAGCCAUCGGCCGCGUUCUCCCGGCCCUCAGGCUCCUACGAGGAGAGCGUCCUGUGAGGGGCCGAGGCCGACUGAAGCGCAGCCUGCGAGGCCACCGGGUGCUCCCCGGGGUGGCUCGGGCACAGGCCAGCCUCUCGCUCCUCUGGCCUAGGAGGCUGAGGAUCCCAGUCCUGGGUGCGGUGCCUUCUCUCAGUUCCUGGCGCGCCGGCCCCCGCCCCACAGCCUCGGGUUUCUCUCCCAUUGGCCUAGAAGACCUGGCCUUUGCGCUGGAGCCUCGGACGGAGGCGUGGAGAGCAGGGAGAGAAGAGCAACGCAUGGAGGCGGCUAGGGACGGGGCGGCCACCCCGACAAGGACUGCGACGCCCCUGGUUCUGUGCUGCGAAGCAAAGCGGUAGGGACAGCAGGCAGUGCUAUUUAUUUUACUCAGAUUCCAAUUUGGGUGGCCCAGGGAACAAGUGACUUACAAGUUUGUAACCGGGUUUUACAGGAAGGGAGGGAAACCCUUCUGUCAAAGGGGAGGGAGGGGUGGACGAGGGAAGAGCAUCUGGCUGCUCCUGCAGGUCAGUGCUGGUGUCUGGGCUGCCAGUGGGUUUUGGCUAGCGACUCCUUCUCUUUCCUCAGUGGGAGAUUCAGGGGCCUUCUGGUCAUUCGAGUAGGUCCAGAGAGUUUAAGAACUGCGCCUGUGGGGAGGGGAAGCCUUUUAAGUUUCUGAAGGACAGUCUUCCUCCUUAACCUGGGUGGAUGGAGAUGCACUUAGAAAAGCUUUCCUUCUGUUGACCGGGAAAAUUUAUUUCCAUCUUUGUGUGGCCAGAAGAAUCUGGGAGGAGAAAAAGCCUGAAACCAAAUUUGUGACCAGGGUGUAUAGGUUACAGGUGUUUCCAGGGUCCCUAGAGAGUUGAAGCAUAUUCUCUGGUCACUAACUCUCCUCACCCCACAGAAUACAGGGUCAGCCUGGCUCUAGCUAAACUUGUUGCAUUUUCUACUCAGCUUCCAUAGGUACUUACCUCUGGCAGCUGGAGGUGCCAUAUUCACCCAGACAUCUCCGGGGUGCCCUGUGCAGACUCUCAUAGGCUUGGACCCCAGCUUUCAAUUCCCUGGGCUACAGGUGGAUACAUCGAGCCCCAUUCUGCUGAGCACAACCCUUUACACUGCAACUGAGGUUUGUCAAAUGCCAUGAUAAGGGCUCUACGACAUCUACAGGUCUCGAACUGUUUCUUUCAUUACACUAGAAACAAGUGGUGUUUCUGUUUAAUUCAUGUUUCGCAGAUCAGUCAUGGAAACACUGCAGGUCUCAUGGUUCACACAGUGGCUGUCAGCAUCUGAGGGGGUAGAGGAAGACACACCCAUGGCUUGGUGACAAACCGAGCACCCAACUAUGCAAGGCCUCUGCCUGUGGCAGCCCAUCAUCCCCCCUCAGGGCCAUUGAGAGCUACUGGGCAGGUGGCCAAGGCAUGGCUCGUUCAAGUCCUCCCUUCCUUGCUUUUUGGGCCAGUGUGAGUGAGUGGGGCCAGAAAACAUACUGAAGCAACUGCAUUCCCUUUUAGACCUAGUUCCUUACGUUUUAGUGUAGACAUGGCCUUGGGGGCUAAGGGCCAGCAGCAAGGCUGCUAGGGACUGGGGCGGGGUAGGAGGCACAGUAGUAGGUGGGUGGGAAGAGGGCCUGGGUGGUGAUGGUAAGAGUUAGCCCGGCUGGGUAAGUUGGGUGGGGAGGUGAGGGAGGCCAGGGUUACAGGGAGGCAGGUCCCAGGAGUGCUGGGUGAUGACCUCUCUGUUCUGGUUUCUCCUGUAUAUGUGGGACAGAGCCCCAGAAAGGGCCAAGGACAGGGUGGGCUGGGAGAGCUCAGGGCAUCUCAGGCCUAUCCCCAUGUGGCUAGGGUCUGGCACUGUCCCCAACCCUCUUGGAUCACAGCUGCUGUUGCCCUGCAGCUGUCAGCAGGAGUACCUAGCUUUAAUAAAGAGUGAAGAAACAAGC